CGUGGCCAUGGACGCGCCUCCGCCCGGAAAUGACGCAACUCUGGAACCAAACCCCAAAUAAACAACGUGUGGAACCGUUAUAAAGCACAUCAGUGUCUAACGCAAAGUCGGACAACUGGACCUGCAAACGAGGAAGUGUAAAACGUUAUUCCGAUGCAUAUAACGGUGUAUGGUUGACUAGCCGUGUAUUUUAGCUCGGGUUGUCUUGUGGAGAGCGAUAUAGCGGUGGAAUCUUUCUGUCAAAAACAGCUAGCUUAGUCCGAACAGAGUGUUAGAAAGCCCUUCUUUAUGCUCUGAGCAUGUCUCCACUCGGAGUGUAUUUGCUGAAGGUAAGGCGGCGGCUGGAGCUGUGCAGAGAGGUCGGCCGUCAGUAUCCUGUCUUCUGCUUUCUGCUUCUACUCCUGCUUCUGUCUACAGUCUUACUCAAUAGGUAUCUUCACGUUAUUGUCAUUUUCUGGUCAUUCUUGGCCGGAGUGGUAACCUUUUAUUGCUCCUUGGGACCUGAGACACUGCUUCCCAAUAUCCUUAUAACUAUUAAACCUAAGAAAAAGCCAGAGCAGCAAGAGCUGUUUCCUUUUGCCCACAGCUGUGCUGUCUGUGGGAAAAUUAAAUGCACAAGACACAGACCAACAUUGCUUCUUGAAAACUAUCAGCCGUGGUUGGAUCUAAAAGUGCACUCCAAGGUGGAUGCGUCUCUGUCAGAGAUUCUUGAGCUCGUCCUUGAAAACUUUGUGUAUCCUUGGUACAGGGAUAUUACAGAUGAUGAAGCAUUUGUGGAUGAUCUCAGAGUGACCUUGCGCUUUGUAGCUGCAGUUCUGGUCCGCCGAGCACAGAGAGUUGAUAUUCCAUCUCUCAUCACACUUAAACUACUUAAGGUUUCCAUGAAACAUAUAGAAAUAAUUGCCAAAGCAAGACAAAAAGUCAAGCACUCGGAGCAUCUCCAGCAGGCUGCGUUAGAGGAGUAUGGUCCUGAUCUGCAUGUGGCCUUGCGCAGUAGGAGGGAUGAACUGCUCUAUCUGCGCAAGCUUACUGAGAUGCUUUUCCCGUAUAUUUUGCCCUCAAAAGCUACUGAUUGCAGAUCUCUUACUCUUCUGAUAAGAGAGGUUCUUGCUGGCUCUGUAUUCCUUCCUUCAAUGGAUUACUUGGCUGAUCCUGACACUGUGAACCACUUGCUCCAUAUUUUCAUUGACAACUCUCCACCAGAAGCUGCCACUGAACCAGCCUCUGUAUUGGUCCCCUUCCUGCAGAAGUACGCAGAGAUACGCAAUAAGAAAACUUCUGUGUUAAAGCUACAACUUAAGGAGAUUCGGGAGCAGCAGGACUUGCUGUUUCGCUUUAUGAACUUCCUCAAGCAAGAAGGAGCUGUUCAUGUUUUGCAGUUCUGCCUCACUGUUGAAGAGUUCAAUGAUAAGAUCCUUCGCCCAGAACUUUCAGAUACAGAAAAACUGAUGCUGCAUGAGGAGGUAAAAAAGAUAUAUGAGACAUAUUGCCUUGAUGACAGCAUUGACAAAAUUCGCUUUGACCAUUUCAUUGUUGAGGAGAUCAAAAACAUUGCAGAAGGUGUCUUUGCUGAUGUUGUAAAACUGCAGACUAUGCGCUGUCUGUUUGAGGCCUAUGAACAUGUUCUUUCCUUGUUGGAGAAUGUUUUCACUCCCAUGUUCUGCCAUAGUGAUGAGUAUUUUAGGCAGCUGUUGAGGGGGGCAGAGUCCCCAACCAGAAGCUCCAGGCUUGGCAGAAAUAGCGUGAGUUUGGAUGACAUCCGCUUUUCUGAGUGGGACGAUAUCAUGAAUCUAGAGUCUCCGUCCAUCUCAUCUGCAUCGGUCUCCCCUAAUGUUUCAUCCAUUCUUAUUCACCCAUCUGGCUCUAAUGCCUUGCGCAACAUUGCGCUUAAGAACACGUCAAAGCGAGGAGAAUCAUUUGGCAUCAGCCGAAUCGGCAGUAAGAUUAAGGGGGUUUUCAAGAGUACCACCAUGGAAGGGGCCAUGCUGCCCUCUUAUGGACUAGCAGAGGGAGAGGACGAUAUGGUGGAGGAGGCCAUCAUGGUUAUGGAGGAUGACUUACCCAUGGAGGCUAUUAGUACUCCAAGUACGCCUCGUAAUCUGACGGCCUGGAGUAUCACUAUCCCCUAUGUGGAUUUAUUCGAUGAUGAGGUGAAGAAGGAGAGGAUUCCUGUGUAUUGCAUAGAUGUCGAAAGAAAUGACAGGAGAGCCGUGGGUCAUGAAACAGAACACUGGUCUGUUUACCGAAGAUACCUGGAAUUUUAUGUUCUUGAGUCCAAACUUACAGAGUUUCAUGGCACAUUCCCUGAUGCACAACUUCCAUCCAAGAGGAUAAUUGGACCUAAAAACUAUGAGUUUUUAACAUCCAAACGUGAAGAAUUUCAGGAAUAUUUACAGAACCUCCUACAACACCCCGAGCUGAGUAACAGCCAGCUUCUGGCAGACUUUCUCUCCCCUAACAGCGUGGAGUCGCAGUUUCAUGACAAGAUGUUACCCGAUGUCAAUCUUGGGAAGAUAAUUAAAUCAGUACCUAGCAAACUAAUCAAAGAGAAAGGCCAGCAUCUAGAACCAUUUAUCCAGGCCUUCUUCAACUCAUGUGAGUCACCAAAACCUAAACCCAGCCGGCCAGAACUCACAAUACUUAGCCCCACAUCAGAAAACAACAAAAAGCUUUUCAAUGAGUUAUACAAAAACAACGCAAAUCGAUCAGAGGUGACAGAGAAGCGGCACAACCAGAAUUACUUUAUGGAAAUGAUCACUGUAGAAGGAAUUUAUGACUACUUAAUGUUUCUAGGACGAGUGGUAUUUCAUAUCCCUGAUUGGUUACAUCAUCUCUUAAUGGGUGGCCGCAUCCUGUUUAAAAACACACUGGAAGCAUAUACUGACUACUAUCUACAGAACAAACUUGACCAGGUUUUUCAGGAGCAUCGUGUGGUCUCACUUAUCACUCUACUCAGAGAUGCUGUAUUCUGUGAGAACAGUGAACCACGUUCAUUAGAAGGCAAGCAAAAAAGAGCCAGAAAAACAUUUGACGAAAUGAAGAAUUACAUUCCAGAUCUGCUCGGAAAAUGUAUUGGAGAGGAAGCAAAAUAUGAAGGGAUAAAGCUUCUCUUUGAUGGACUUCAGCAGCCAGUUCUGAACAAGCAACUGACAUAUAUCCUGCUUGAUUUAGUUAUUCUGGAGCUUUUCCCUGAAUUAAACAAAGUACAGAGAGAAACUUCUGCAACGGCCUCAUGGAUGUAGAAAAAUCCACCACAAGAUAGUUGCAGUUUCCUGUAUCUCUGCAUGUGCAACAUCCUACAUCCAUGUCAAAAGAACCAUUUUGUGACACCUAGGCAAAGUAUGACUUAUCUAUAUAGACAAACUGAACUGCUUGGAAAUACCAAUGUUUACAUGAAGUUAUGAUUUAGUAUUUCUUUAGUAUUAGUAUUCCUAUUUUAUUUAAAAUUUUUUAUUAUAAAAUGUAAAAUAUUUAUUUAUUUUAAGGUAUAUAUUUUUUGCUAAUAUUAAUUUGACAAAAUGGUACUAAAAUGUUAAGCACUAAAUAGGAUGCAGUGCACCAAAUUACAAAUAUUUUUUUCGAAGACUUAUCGUGAAAUUCUCAAAAAGUUAACUUUUAUUUUUCCUUAAUCAAACUGUCAUUAAAAUAUGCACUGGAAUUUGUUUUUGGAAAAGCAUUUGUAGUUUAGUGAGGACUACUCUCUGUCUUGACACUACCCAGUACUCUCGCUAACGCAUUCAGUCUUAUGAUAUGUGUUUACAUAUGCUACAAUAAAACAUUUGAUAUAA